CAUUUCUUGCGAUUUCCACGCUUACUAUAACAGUUCUACAAUUUAUUAACAUUCCCAUGCAAGCAUCAUGGAGCGUCACGUGAUACUAUGGAGAACUAUUUUCUCUGUCGUCUGUUUUCCCAGGAUUUUCUGCCAUCCUUUGGCACAUGCACAACAGGAGCUUAACCGGCAAACCAGAAACAAAUGCAACUAUUUAGAGGAGUGUUACACAUGGACUUCUUUGCCUUCCGGCAAUGCACUGAGCUGUGAUCUGGACAGCGUCCUGCAGACCAAUCCCAACGCAGUUCUGGAUUCUUGUCCCGCUUGGUUCCGGGCGUAUUCGGUGUAUCCAUUUAGUUUCCAGAUCAUUCCAGACGAAACUGGCGCCGAACCCGAAGAGAAGCUGUACUCUCAAUUCGCGCGGUCGAAAUGCUACGUCAAAGCUGCUCCCAGUUCGGUGUACCCGAAUAGAAAAUCGGCCAUCUUGCGGUCAGCUGCCUUUCGGCCAAACGGAUGCGUCAAACUGCAAACAACGUUUUGGUACCGGAUGUCUGCUGCGCCGAUCAUCACGGGUAACCGCGACAAGGAUUACUUUCUGGAGUUGGUAGUGCACCAUUCCGCGGAUAGUACACCCGGUUUCGUCCCGAACUGGCAGAUCUGGGGUAGCUCAAGUGAUUACGCAACCUUUCCUGGUCCCAAUAUGUGGACAAGAGUUCAAAUGGAAUACGCAGUGGAUGACCAGUUUACUCUCAACUUCUACGCGCAUCACGGCAACACUUGCAACACAACAUCCAUCGAUAUAGACGGCAUCGAUACCAAGAUAGCAGCUCCAUCUGCCUGCACUGUAAGGCCAUCAGUGUCUGCCAUACAGGAACCUAGCACAUCCGUCGUGCCGGAGAUCGCUGUUACAGACACGGCUGCUUUUACAACUGUUACGCCCCCGCCCAUCGCGCAGCACUGUGAGUUCAGUCCCGCCGUCGUCGCUCGUUGCGCCAACGGCUCCGUUGCAAUGCCCGCAGUGCAGCCUGAGCUGAGCGAGGCCAGUGAAGCCGUGUAUGCCGGUGACAACACGUACCUGUGUCGGACACAUUUGCGCAGCUUGCAUGCAUGGCUCCUGGAACAAGCUGCCAGACUGCAUCCACAGCAACCACCGAAUUUGUUCACGACGGUCAAUUGUCACCAAGGAGCACUGCAGUUCUCGGCGUCGGAUCCGGAUACUACACAGUCCACCGCGUUACACUUCCGGACAGCAUCGGUGGAUGCAAAAUGCCGAAACAUUUUUGCCGGGUUUUUAUCACAAUUGACGUUGCUAAGCAAGGGCAUGUAAUCCGGCAACGGUUGUUUUCCUCUAUUGCCUGCUCUGUUGCCUGAAAAUACUGUAUGAUUUAGCUAUUGCGGCAUUGCCUGAAAAUCAUGGCUAAGUCAUACGAUCUGUAAUCUGUAUGACUUAGCUACGAUUUUCAUAAGAAACCGCUUGUUGGCGUUGUGGUGGACUGUUGAUUAUAGACCGUCAAUUGUGUUGUGAUUUUGCUUUUCUGUUUGUUUAAGAGAUACUCGUAUAUUGUGCGUCAGUAAUAACUAUAUUAAUUGUCAGUACACUGUACAGUAUAAGUGGUAUUUCUUUAUUGGGAAAAAGCCAUCAAUACAACAAAAAGUGCA